AUGUUCCGUGCCACCUCCGGCGCCGUCCGCCGCUUCUCCUCUGCCGCCAACAUGCGCCAGGCCACCAAGUACGUCGAGACCGUCCGUGCUGGCCCUGGUCGCCCGACUCCCCCGAUGCUCGAGUCCGAGCGCGCCGCCAUCGAGCGCGCUGCCAUCGCCGCCAACCUCUGGUACAAGCUUACCUGGUUCGGUGCCAUCCCGUUCACCUUCAUCAGCGCUGCCGUGAUCUUCGCCAACCUUGAGCACCAGCACCUUGAUGAGACCAACUACGUUGCCUACCCCUACCUCAACUGGCACCUUGGUCCCUUCCCGUUCGGCAACGGCCUGCGUUCUCUCUUCUGGAACGACAACAACAACUACAACCCCGCUCUUGCUGAGCUCCUCAAGAAGGAGGCUGAGUCGGUUGCCUCGAGCCCGACCAUUCCCACCGGCCUCAAGACCGCCUUCGUCAACUACCCCACUUACGAGUAG